AUGUUGAAACCAAAUGUUUUUCUCCUCUACAUGUUUCUGAUCAUUGCUUCACUCUAUUCUAUAUCCCAUAGCUUAUCACUCCUAGGCUUCCAAAUCAACAUUCGUGGUAUUGUGAGAUGUAGCCUUACCGGAGACCCUAAUGCUCCUCCCGUCUCCGGUUCCGUAGUCAACUUAGUAUGUGCCAACGAAACAACAAACCUCUCUGGAGUCCUGACAGAUCCCACUGGUGCGUUUAACUUUACGCUCAAAUUCUCUGACACGCUUUUGUAUGAUCCGAGUUACUGCGUUGUGGAAGCAAAUCUUCCGGCGGGAAACUGCUCUCUUUCUCCACCGAAUGGUACCCUCACAGCCACAGUAAAUCUGGUCAACGUCUUCGUUACGAGUGCUUUAGUCACCCUUAACUAUAUCACCGGUCCAUUUGUCCAGAAUUAA